AUGGGACCCAAUUGGAUACAUGGCACAGACGAUAAUCCUAUGCUGGAUCUGGCCAAGCAGACGGGGACUGCCGUUGGGACUUGGGAUGUAGCGUCUUACGUUUUUAAUGAGUCUGGGGAAUUGCUGCCGGUAGCUGAAGGAGAAAAGUAUUCCUCAUUGGUGUGGGACAUCAUUCAAGAUGCAUUCGUGCACUCGAACAAGUCAUCUGCAGAUAUCGACGAGAAACUAAGCUUGUUGGACUUUUUCAAGGAAAAGGUGGUGGACAAGAUACCAGAAUCUGAGGACGACUUUCAGAAAAAGCGAGAGAUGGUUUUGAAGAUGUCUGAGAUGUGGGGUACCUUUAUCGGCAGCCCCGUUGGCCAGCAGAGCUUGAAGUUCUUCUGGUUGGAGGAGUGCAUCGAAGGGGAGAAUCUCUUUUGCGCCGGCACAUACGAAAAGAUCCUCCAAGAAGUGGCAAGACCAGCACUUUCAAAUGCCACCAUCAAACUGGACUCCAUUGUCGACAAGAUUUCCUGCCGGACAGAUCCAAACGACGAGACCCGAGUGCGCCUGAGAAACGGACAGACGUUGACGUUUGACGAACUGGUUAUCACAUGUCCGCUAGGGUGGCUGAAACAAAAUCUCACCGCAUUUGACCCUCCCCUGCCGUCGGUUCUCACAAAGGCGAUUGGCUCCAUCGGCUACGGGUGCCUUGAAAAGGUCUACAUUAGCUUCCCAAAGGCGUUCUGGCUUCCAGCCGAAGGCGAGGGCCGCAGAGUUCAUGGCUUUGCCCAAUGGAUAGCGCCCGAAUAUCACGCUGAGAAUGCUCGCGGGUGGAAUCAAGAAUUGGUGGAGCUGGCCAGCAUUGCACCCGAGGCAGCUCACCCAACGCUGCUCUUUUACAUCUACGGCGAGCAGUCCGAAUAUCUGACGGCAAAGGUGGCCGCGAUUGACGGGCAAGAGAAGAAGGACGCUUUCCUGCUGGAAUUCUUCAAGCCCUACUACUCCAAGCUGCCGCAGUACUCUGACGACUCGGCAGACUGCCAGCCCAUCUGCUGUCUCGCGACCGAUUGGGUGCGUGACGAGCUGGCCGGCCACGGCAGCUACAGCAAUUUCCAAGUCGGCCUAUCCAACGGAGACGAGGACAUCAAGACUAUGAGGCGCGGAUUGCCGGAACACGGCCUGUGGUUGGCGGGAGAGCACACGGCGCCGUUUGUGGCGCUGGGGACGGCGACUGGGGCGUAUUGGAGCGGAGAGUCGGUCGGAAAGAGAAUCGUGGAGGCCUACGACAUGGCAAAGCAGGAAGAGCCAUUGGACGCAGCUCUGUGA